UUUCGGCGCUCCCAAAGGAUUAUUUGGCACUCGAGCAGAGUAGCCAGCUCCAUGACGACAUUCCCUUCUUUCUCUCUGUUGUGUCCCUUGUCUUAAGUUAUCAUAAGACCACAUCCGCGCCGAGGGAGUUCAGUCUCUGCGGAACCUGCCUACCUACAGAAGCCCAGAGCGGCACCGGCCCAGGCGACGAUAAUGCCCAACACAUCUCUCCGGAGACCGCAGAAAGGGUACCGCCGCGGAGGCAAGGCUGCCUACCAUGGCACACGGACCCGGACAUUCGCGGCCUCGUCCAGCGCACGGGGAGAGGCGACGUCCAUAGACGAGAAAUGGGAGCGGACAGCACUGGCACACCAGAUCGACGAGAACAUGGGCUUUGCGCGCUAUGACGCUGGACGGAAGCGCGAAGGCUGGCUCGUCAAUGUGCAGCCCACCUCAAUCGACGACCCUCGAGUCCCCGGCGGCGGGGGCAGGGCGGCUCUCGACUGCUACUUCAUUGAGGAGGACGGAUCCACGUUCAAAGCAACCGUCGAGUACGAGCCAUACUUUCUUGUCGCUUGCCGGAAAGGGCACGAAGGCGAGGUGGAAGAGUGGUGCAAACGGGUCCCAGGAGGCGGCGUGGUCAAGGGCAUCAAGCGGAUCGAGAAGGAGGAUCUCAAGAUGCCAAACCAUCUGCUCGGAUAUCGGCGGACAUUCCUGGAAUUGAGGUUUCACAAUGUUCAAGACUUGAUGGCGGCCAGAAGGGAUAUUAUGCCCAUUGCUGAGAGGAACAAGAAGGGCAUGGAUGCCAUGGACACGUAUGCCGAGGUCGCGAACGCGAAUGAUAAUUUCGAUCUUUUUGACGAUGAUUCACCGAUUGAUGAGCGACGAAAUAAUGCCUCUUUUGCCGAGGCGAGCGAUUUCAUUGUCGAUAUCCGGGAGUACGACGUCCCCUACCACGUCCGAGUAAUGAUAGACCUGGACAUUCGUGUGGGUAAUUGGUACUUUGUCGAGGCGAAGAACGGGGUUACAACUGUCGUUCGGAACGAGGAGCGCCUGGCCCCAGCGGAUCCCGUCGUCAUGGCCUUCGAUAUCGAGACGUGCAAGGCGCCCCUGAAGUUCCCCGAUGCGGCCGUCGACCAAAUCAUGAUGAUCUCGUACAUGAUUGACGGCCAAGGGUUCUUAAUCACCAACCGCGAGAUUGUCUCUGAGGAUAUUGCCGACUUUGACUACACGCCCAAACCCGAAUACCCAGGGCCUUUCAUGAUCUUCAACGAGCCAGACGAGAAAGCGCUUCUUGAGCGCUUCUUCCUUCAUGUUAAGGAGGCACGGCCCACCGUCAUCGCCACUUACAACGGUGACUUUUUCGACUGGCCGUUUGUCGAGGCUCGAGCGAGCGUGAACGGCAUCGACAUGUACCACGAGAUCGGGUGGAAGAAGGACAGUGAAGACCAGUACAAAUGCAACUACAGCGUGCACAUGGACUGCUUCCACUGGGUCAACCGUGACAGUUACCUGCCCCAGGGCAGUCGUGGUCUCAAGGCUGUCACUGUUGCCAAACUCGGAUACGACCCGGAUGAGCUCGACCCAGAGCUCAUGACCCCAUACGCGAGCGAGCGGCCCCAGACCCUGGCUGAGUAUUCAGUCUCCGAUGCUGUCGCCACUUACUAUCUGUACAUGAAAUACGUCCAUCCCUUCAUCUUCUCCCUGUGCACCAUUCUACCCCUCGGGCCCGACGACACAUUACGAAAGGGAACCGGUACGCUCUGCGAAAUGCUUCUAAUGGUACAAGCAUACCAGAAGGAUAUCGUGCUGCCGAACAAGCAUGUCGCACCCAAGGAGGCUUUCUGGGAGGGUCACUUGUUGGACUCGGAGACUUACGUGGGUGGGCAUGUCGAGAGUAUCGAGGCGGGUGUUUUCCGCUCCGACAUCCCAGUGAACUUUGCGGUCGAUCCUGGUGCUGUCGACGAACUUCUUCGCGAUCUCGACGCUGCUCUGACCUUCAGCAUCACGGUGGAAGAAAAGAAGUCGAUGGACGACGUCACGAACUACGAAGAGGUCAAGCAGCAGAUCACAGCCAAGCUACUAAACCUCAAGGAGACGCCCAACCGCAGCGAGCGACCGCUGAUUUACCAUCUUGAUGUCGCCUCCAUGUACCCCAACAUCAUGACGACGAACCGGCUUCAGCCCGACUCCAUGAUUUCAGAAUCCGACUGCGCGGCAUGUGACUUCAACCGUCCAGGGAAGACUUGCGACAGGAGGCUCCCUUGGGCAUGGAGAGGCGAGUACUUGCCAGCGAAGCGCGACGAGUACAACAUGAUCCGGCACGCCCUGGAGAAUGAGAAAUUUCCGGGCAAAGGGCCCAACAAUCCGAUGCGCUCGUGGCAGGAGCUGAGCCUUGAUGAGCAAGCUACUCUCACCAGAAAGAGGCUGCAGCUGUACUCGCAAAAGGUGUACCACAAAAUUCACGACUCGACCACCAUCGUCCGCGAAGCCAUCAUCUGCCAGCGAGAGAAUCCCUUUUACAUCAACACGGUCCGUGACUUCCGAGACCGUCGCUACGACUACAAGGGCAAGGCCAAGGUUUGGAAAGGCAAGACUGAGGCGCUCAAGAAUUCCGGCGCUCCAGCCUCAGAAGUUGACAAUGCCAAAAAGAUGAUUGUGCUUUUCGACUCGCUGCAGUUGGCACAUAAGGUCAUUCUCAACUCCUUCUACGGCUACGUGAUGCGCAAGGGCUCGCGAUGGUACUCAAUGGAAAUGGCAGGCGUCACCUGUCUCACAGGGGCGACCAUCAUUCAACUGGCCAGAUCACUGGUUGAGAGACUUGGCCGACCCCUGGAGCUCGACACGGAUGGUAUCUGGUGCAUGCUGCCGGCCACAUUUCCUGAAAACUUUGCCUUCAAGCUCAAGAACGGCAAGAAGCUCGCCAUCUCGUACCCCUGCGUCAUGCUGAAUCAUCUUGUCCAUGCCAAGUUUACCAAUCACCAAUACCAGACAUUGGUUGACCCGAAGACCUUCAAGUACGAGACACACAGCGACAACUCCAUCUUCUUCGAGGUCGAUGGCCCUUACAAGGCCAUGAUUCUGCCCACGUCCAAAGAGGAGGACAAGAACCUCAAGAAGAGAUAUGCCGUGUUCAACGACGAUGGCAGUCUCGCGGAGCUGAAGGGUUUCGAGGUCAAGCGGAGAGGUGAGCUCAAGCUCAUCAAGAUCUUCCAGCAGCAGAUCUUCAAGUUCUUCCUUGAGGGCACGACCCUGGCCGAGUGCUAUGCUGCGGUUGCCAAGGUCGCAAACCAAUGGCUUGAUGUGCUUCACAGUAAGGGGGCGACACUAGCGGACGAGGAACUGAUGGAUCUCAUUUCCGAGAACCGCAGCAUGACCAAGACAUUAGAGGAGUAUGCUGGGCAGAAGUCGACCUCCAUCACGACUGCCAAGCGUCUGGCCGAUUUCCUGGGCGAGGGCAUGGUCAAGGACAAGGGCCUGAAUUGCAAAUUUAUCAUCUGCGCCAGGCCGAAAAACGCUCCUGUCACAGAGCGUGCCGUUCCCGUUGCUAUUUUCUCGGCAGAAGAGGACACGAAGCGCAUGUACCUCAAGAAAUGGCUCAAGGAGGAACCCGCCGAUACAGACCCAAGAGCACUGCUUGACUGGGACUACUACCUCGAGCGUCUUGGAUCGGUUAUCCAGAAGCUGAUUACCAUCCCUGCGGCAUUGCAGAAAGUGCGCAAUCCUGUGCCGCGCGUCCCCCAUCCAGACUGGCUGCAGCGAAGGAUCAACAUCAAGGACGACAAGAUGAAGCAGAAGAAGCUUACUGAUUUGUUUGGCCCGGCAACGAAAGGAGGCCCCCUGGAGGAGAUUGCCCUUCCUAACACUCCCCAUCGCUUGGGUGACUUGGAGGACAUCGGGCAGCUUUUGAAACCCAAGACUGUCAGCCCUGCCAUAUCCGCAUCCCAGGAGCCACCAGCGGCCCAGAAACGCAAGUCCCCUGAGCCGGCUGAGAACCAGGACCCGUUUGCUGCGCUUCCGAAGACGAUGCCUUCUCCGAGCGAUGAUUAUCCCUCAUUCUUGGAGUACCAGAAACUAAAGUGGAAGCUGCAGAAACAAGCUCGCGCCCGCAGGCGUCAUCUCUUUGGCGACAGACGCGGGCACAUCCAGAGCAAUAUCCAGCAGACUUUCCGCAACCAGGUUGAGAUCACCUUCAGGAAUACCUGGCAACUGCUGCAGCUCAGAGCAACCGACAGCCCCGGCACCGUUCUUGCCUUUGUGCUGAUAGAUGCCAAGAUCCACUCGGUGAAGAUCAACGUCCCGCGUCAGGUCUUCCUUAACCUCAAGGGCCGGGAGCUUCCGGACAUUGAAGUUGACGGGUGUCACGUCGAGCAAGUCUAUCACACGCUUCCAAACGGGCAUUCGUCGGUGCACCUGUUCAAACUCACCGUGCCCGAGGAGAUCUACUUUGCCGAAGCCGAAAAGUUCUCGCUGCUCUUUAACCAUCCCAGUGUCGAGGGAGUGUAUGAGAAGCAGCUUCCACUCAAUCUUCGCGCCAUGCUACAGCUGGGCAACCGUUGCACCAUUGACGAGAGCCAGUCAGGUGUUCUUGGCAAAGGGCUUGACCAAGGCUUCGACCUCGACAGCCUCAAAAAGCCGCCCAAGCCGAAACCUUAUCUGGAAGGUGCUCGCAUGUCGUACAUCUACCUGUCCCACAUCAGCGCCGGCGAGCGUCAGAUCUUCGGGCUGUUCUCCACGAGCGCUAACCAGGCUCAUAUCGUCAUCCAGCAGAAGGGCAAAGACGGCGGCCAAGAUCUGCCAAACAUUGCCAAGCUGUACUCGGACUUCCUAGCACGUAGGAACCGCGAAGAAGGCGCUGACUCCAACUGGCAGGAAUGCUUCCCCUACCAGGAAAAGCUCGCCUUCAAGGUCACUCAGGUCACGACGCGUCGAAAGGCGUUUCUUGAGGUCGGCGAUGUGGUGAAGAAGAUGAAGAAGGAAGAGACUGGACCGACCAUGCUGGUCAUUCAGUCUUCGCAGCGGAACUUGCUCGUGCACGACAUUCCGAUUCUGGGCGAAUUCCCCGUGCUGCCGCUACGGUACGACCCGGCCGACAGCUCGUUACCGCCGCUGGGUUGGCAGACAGUGGUAGCGCGCCGCUUGGUAAACCACUACCUCAGCCUCGGCUCCUGGGUCAACCAUCUCACCGCGCUGGCCAAGUACGGAGACAUACCUCUGUGCAACCUGGAGCGCGACGACCCUCGGUUCUUGAUCGAUGUGGCUUACGCCCGCCGUCUGCAGGCCAACAAUGUGGUCCUCUGGUGGUCGCCCAGUCCACGCCCUGACCACGCAGGGUACGAGAGAGAUGAUGUGGCGGGACCGCUCGAUCAAGUCCAAAUGCCGUCUGUCAACAACCCCGGCACCUUCGCCUCUGUCUGCAUUGACAUCGACGUCCGGAAUCUUGCCAUCAACACUAUCCUUACUUCAUCGCUCAUUAACGAGCUUGAAGGUGCCGACAGCAUCUCGUUUAACCCUGCAGCUGACGGGACCACGGAUGGCAAUGAGGUCUUAUAUGCCGAGAAUGCUUUCGCAAAUGCCGGCGUGCAGGUGCUUCGGGAGAUGGUCAAGUCCUGGUGGGCUGAAGCUUGCAAGGGGUCGACCAUGGCUGAUGUCAUGGUCCAACACCUUGUCCGCUGGGUGGAGUCUCCCGCGUCGUGUCUCUACGACCGUGCUCUGCACUACUAUGUGCAGAUGAUGAGCCGAAAGGCCCUCCUCCAGCUCAUGGCUGACUUCCGCAGGGUUGGCUCGCAGGUCAUCUACGCCAGCCCCAAUCGUUUGCUCCUGCAGACGACCAAAUCCGAGGUCGGCAACGCCUAUGCCUACGCGCAAUACAUCCUCAAGAGCAUCAAGGGCAAGCCCCUGUUUCACUUUAUCGACCUGGAGAUUAAGGAGUAUUGGGAUUACCUCGUGUGGUACGAUGAGUUCAACUACGGCGGCAAGGCGUGCCAGCAAGUUGUUGAGCGUGAUGAGCAGGACCUCCAGAUGAUUAUGCAUUGGCAAAUGGCAACCUUCCUUCCCGUCCGGCUGCAGCCAAUCUUCCGCGACUGGGUCGUCGAGUUCAUCGAGCUCAUGCACGGCAUCAAACGGCCCGCAACUGGCUCCGACCCGACCGCCUCCCCCCGCCUCACCCAGCUCCCCAUCCGCAACGGCAACGCGACCCUCGCCGAGGACGCCCCGGGGCAAAUCAUUCUCGGCAAGGCCUUCGAGAAGCCCCUCAAGAAGGAAAUCACCUCCCUCAUCGCCACUCAAAUACGCGAACUCCUCCACCCGGAGCUCGCAGCAGAUUACACCUUCCCCUCCCUCCCAGGCUCUCACCUCGCCCACUUUACCCCACAAGCCGCCCUCGUCAACAGCACCGGCACCAAACCAAACUCCUUGGCCAACCCAGUCCUCGAACUGGUCAAAUCGCUCAUGCAGGUCCUCUCGCUCGACAAGAACACCACGCUGGAAGCGCGGCUGCUCCGCAAGGAACUCCUCGCCCUGUUCGACGUGCGCGAAUUUUCCCGGGAGGGCGCCUUCCAGAACCCGUCCGAGUCGCUGCGCCUGCCGCAGCUAAGCUGCGACAACUGCACCAUGACGCGCGACCUCGACCUGUGCCGCGACGAGGAUUUGCUUCCUCCCGCGACGACGUCCGAGGACGAGAGGAGCAGCUGGAGCUGGCGGUGUCUGUACUGCGAGCAAGAGUAUGAUCGGAACGAGGUCGAGGAGAGGUUGUUGGCGGAGGUGGAGGGGCUGGUGGUGCAGUGGACUACGCAAGAUCUCAAGUGUGGUCGGUGCGGGGCGCUGAGGGUCAAUGAGUUUAUGGAGCAUUGUACGUGCAGCGGGGAGUGGGGGGAGAGUGUCAGUCGCGGGGAGGUGAUGAGGAGGUUGAGGGUGUAUCGGAAUGUGGCAAAGUUCUAUGGGUUGCGGAUGCUUGGGGACGUGGUGGAGGGCGUUUUUGGGGAAUUGUGAGAGCUGCCUGUCGAUAAGUGUUUGGUGAUAGAGGGGAGAGAAAUGGGAGUUGUCUGCUUUGCCCUUC